GGGCUUUUAUUUUGAAAAGCCCGCAGUGCUAAGUUUGACUCGGUUCGUCUGCGGUCAGCUGAGAUGGCGGAUCUGUCUCUGUAUCUCACAAACAUUACCGUCACUUUGGGACAAAACAUGGACCCGGAGAAGAGCUCGAAUGCGGUGAAGGACUUUGAGAACGUGGAGCUCGGGGACGUUGGGAAGAAGCAGAAGGUUCCUCGCAGGACCAUCUACUUCGCCAGUGGUGAGACAAUGGAAGAGUACAGUACAGAUGAGGAAGACGAGGAUGAGGAAGAAGUGAAGGAGAAAAGAAGCGCCAUGACCACAGUUGACCCGUCGAAGCUGACUUGGGGUCCGUAUUUUUGGUUCCACAUGUGGAGAGUGGCCACCUCCACAAUCUCAGUGUGUGAUUACCUCGGAGAGAAGAUGGCGUCACUUCUCGGCAUCACGUCACCCAAAUAUCAAUAUGCAAUCGAUGAGUAUUACAGGAUGAAGAAGGAGGAGGAUGAGGAAGAAGAGGAGAACCGUCUUUCUGAAGAAGCUCAGCGGCGUUUCGACGAGCAGAACGAAACGGUUAGCCAGCAGCCCACGGUGGAACAGCCGGAGGGACCCGCGUCCUUCGUGAAUGUGACCUUUGACCUUGAACAGGAGUCACACGCGACUCCAGACGCCAGCAAAGUGCCUCCCCCCAUUCCCUCGUAAAACUCUGCACUGAGCCACGGCAGCGUUUCUGUGUCCAAACAGGACUCAGUUACAGAACGACCUUCGUGUAAUUAUUAUACAGUAAUAGUAACCAGGGAUUAGAACAGUUCCACUUACACUUCCUAUACAGCUGUAAUUCUUCUUUUAUAUAUACACAAAAUGAUCUUAUGCAUCCAUGCGUUAAACAAUGCAUAAGCAGAAACGUUAUUAUUAAGCGCAGUCUAGUGCUGCUGUGUGAUAUUGUGGCCUUGUAGUGUGAGAUUGUUUGGCCUUUGAGCUUUUUUUUGGCCCCGCAGUUCCUUUAUUUUUUCCUUUAUGUAAAUGUUUAUGUAACUUUUUGUAAUUUCACCGCACCAGAACAUUGUGCGAGUUCUCUCACUGAGGCUUUCAGCAACGGCAGCAGCCUGAAUCCGACCCAAAUAUGAUCCCACAGUUAAAAAGCAGGACCAGGCGAAUAUGCGCUACCAGUCAAAAGUACAGACCUGCCUGAAUAAGCGUUUUUUUUGUAAUGAUAGAGAUUUUUGGCGUGGGGUUAAAUGCAAAUUAAAUUUGUCUCCAAAACAAAUAGUUACAAAAAAUAUUGUAUGUAAAAUACAAAUAGCUCCCCUUUGCUUUGAACACUUGAAUAUAUUCAAAUAUUCAAAGCAAAAAGGAGCUACUUGUAAUUAAACAUAAUAAAAUAACAUGAUUCCAUGUGUUAUUUCAUAGAUUUGAUAUCUUCUGUUAUUCUAGAUUGUGGAAAAUAGUAAAAAAAAAAGAGGAAUAUUUAUGAGUAGAUGUGUCUAAUUUUGACUGGUGCUGUAUAUUUAUUCUGUAUAUUCUACACUGUCAUGUCAAAACCUGCGAGCUUCACUUUUAUGCUGUUUGAAAACACCAGCUGCCCUUUAAUAGAAACAUGAGCCAAAAUUACUGAAAUUAAACAUACAUUAAGGUUCGUUUUCCAUUAAAAGACUUAAGGAACGUUCCAGCGUUCCAUUUGCUGUGUACAGUUUAUUGCCAUGGACAAGACUGUCGACGUGUUUCUGUGUACAGAACAGACACUUUACUCAAGAAAUAAUUAUAAUGAAAGUCAAUGGGCAGUUUCUGUAGAACACACAAAUUAAAGGGGAAUUCCACCAAUUGUUCAAAAUUCCCCCAUCAUUCAGUGUGUGAGGUGUAGACAGAGAGAUUCAGAGUGGUUUGGUGUGAAAUGGUUCAGAUGUCUUUACAGUGGUGGUGAUA